AUGAAGUUCUCAAGCGGGAUGGGCAUCAAAAGCUUCCUAGCGGUGGUAACCGCCAGCAGCCUUGCACUUCUGGUGAUUCAGUACUACAGAACGCGGGAUACAUGGGGCUAUCAUGCACUAACAUACACCGACUUCUUCGCCUUUGUCUUGGGGCUGAUCGGACGUCCAAUCGUAAACCGUUUCUUUACCCCUGAUGAGGCCUUCUGGAACACGCCUCAAGAGGUGCCUGGGAUAAAGUCCUCUGUGCGCAUAUCACGCGACAAGAAUGGACUUCCCUAUUUGAGCGCCUCCAGCCGGGAAGAUCUCUGUUUUGGUCAAGGGUACCUGCAUGCGACAGAGAGGCCUGUACAAAUUGAGUUGCUGAGGCUCAUAGCGACAGGGAAGUCCGCUGCCGUCCUUGGAGCGUCGAUGACGGACACAGACAUGAUCAGCAGGCAAGUCCUUGUCUUACAGGGUGUGACCGAGGCCCUGAAAUCUCUGCCUGCGCGGCCAGUUGAGUUCGCACUACUGGGACACACGCCUUCUCUCCCCUUCACCUUGUUGGAUCUUGCCGCUAUUUCCACAAUUUACUCCAUAAUGCUGAACAGGGGACUGACGAGGGAUUUCGUUAGAGUGCACCUCAAAGAAGCACUGGGCGACAAGUGGAAGCUGUUCGAUUUCGGCUACCCAGAAGGGGUGCCUCCUCUGAACGCUGAGGGCACGGGCCCUAGCCUCUACGACCUCUCGGGCAAGUUUAGACCAUGCAUGCUCCCUUGGCUUGCCAACUGGCAAUGCUUUCCCAGAUGCAGGACUACCAGAUGUGGCAAACCGGUCAAGUUCCCGUCAGUGGAGCUAAAGGAUACAGAAUGGGCAAAAAGAGGCCCGUCGGCAUUCCCAGAGAUGACAGAGGGGCCAUCUUCCCUUAAUCCAGAGUUUGGGGGUCCUAUGCACGACAGAGAUCCCAGCGCCAAGAUUACACAGGAGCGCAUGAAGCAAUUUAAAGAGGACAUGCAAAGAGCAGAGGAUUUCUAUGACCUUAAGCACCCAAGGCCAUGGACCACUGAUGGCCAGCCAGAACAGACUAACACUUUUAACUUAAAAAUGGACGGCAGCAAUGCCUGGGCAAUUUCUGGCAAGCUCACAAAAACAGGAAUGCCUCUGUUGGCUGGAGAUCCUCAUGUCGAGGUCAACGCACCAGGUAGUGCUCAUGGAUUGGUUGCUCUCCUGGGGUGCCCUCGGCGUUUCGAGCUUUUUUUGGUUGGAGGUAUUUUGCUUGCCGGCGUAUAUGCCGAAGCUGAAGGUGUAAGGUUGACCAAGGAUGUAGAGCCGAACAUUGGUGUUCAGGGCCGCCCUAAUCCCGUUCGUCACAUAGCUCGUUACAGCCACCAUGGACCCCUAUUCUCCGACGCCGUCCCUCCUCUGCGCAAGGGUAUCAAAAAGAACCAGGCGCUCGUAUUUGCCUCUGUAGCUCUGCGCGCUCCUCUGCCGGCGGCUUGGGCAGAGAAAAUGUUGUUUGGGAAAAGCUGGAAGGACUACAUCGAAAUGGGGCAGCACGCUCAAAUGAACGAGUUUGUCUGCAUCUGGGCAACAAGGGAAGGCGCAAUCGGGGCGUCUGUCACUGGCGCGGUGCCUUUAAGGCCGCACAGUCCUCUUCCACAGUUCAGAAAUGGCUCAGAUCCUGAACAAGACUGGAAGGGAGCACUACCCCAGGAACAGAUUCCUUUUGUGAUGAACCCGAAGAACGGAAUUAUUGUCGCUGGGAACUCGGUAUUAGCAAACGACCCCAAAAGGAUCUUCGGCGAGGUGUUUGUCCCAGGACACCGCGUGCGUCGAGCUCACCAUUUGCUCAAUGAGCUGAAGAGCAAGAAGAAGAUUGAAGUCGAGGACCUCAUUAAGAUGCAGGUAUUCUUUCCGAACAGCCUUUCUCGAUAUUUGCGGGCUAUAUUUGUGAUGCUUCAAUUCCUGCGCGGUAAUGCGAGCUUUGUAAACACAGAGCCUUUGGAGCUCGCUGUAUGCAGCUCUUUUGGGGGUCUGCAUUGGGGUAUUUGCGCUUGGGGUGUACUUUUGACGGCUUGGCAGGAGGACCAGUUCAGCGAGCACGGUUGCGAGUUCAGGGAUUACGUACUCAAGGAGUUCCUUAACCGUUUUGACCUCAAGAAUGACCAAGCCGAGGCAACUGCCCUUUGCGCAGAACAGGGACUUACCCCCUAUGUCGCUCGACUGCUCAAGUCGGCAAUGGAGUCGUGGGACUGUUCGAUGAAUGCCUCUUCAUACGGGGCCUCAAUUUAUGAGGUCUGGCUUCAGAUGACUCUACAGGAAGUAUUUGCUGCGAACAACUGGACCGACGAGGCCCUGUUCACACUAGUCGGUGGUUGGAUGCACCCAACGUGGCUGCCGCGCACAGAGGCCCUUAACCACUGGCGGAUUAACUUGCUGUCCGCGCUGAAGGACAAGAAUUCGGGUCUCCUUCCCGCUGGGUAUCCAAUGACUCGUCUGUUUUGCAAGUCCUCCUAUGAAACGCUGAUGUACCUAGUCGGUCGUCUAGGUCCUGAGGUGAAGGAUUGGAACUGGGGAAAGCUGCGGAGCCGUUAUAUCGACCAUCUCUUUGUUAGGGACGCACCGGUGCUGAGAAAUCUGCUCAGCGUGGGGCCGUUGAAGUGGGGAGGGAACUUCGGCACACUUAAGGCGCACCACUUCGAACCCCACAUUCUCAAGUCCAACGAUUCGCUUAGUGGGAACUUCCAUCGAGGAAUCGAUACAACUUCUCUCAGAGUGGUAUUCGACUUGAACGAUUGGGAGAAUUCUCGCUGGGCCUACUUUCCUGGUGUCUCAGGCUGGGUCGGCAGCAAACACUUUGGAGACACUGCAGAGUUCCUCGAGGACGGAAAAGAGAAGCUGUUUCCCAUGCCGUGGGACGAAGAGAAGAUUGAAGCUUCACUUGUUGCUAACAAAGUUCUACACCCCAAGCGGCACAAACAGCAGCCUCUGGAGCAGAGGCAGAAGGCACAGCGGCAGCAGGACAAGCAAGAGUUUUAA